UACCUACCUUUAUCAUCUCUCUGCUUUAAGUUAUUGCUUUUUCUCUCUCCUUCUCAUCUCCAUUACUACUUCUUAAUACAGUAUCUGCAAUUAUCAGGACACGCGAGGCAUUUUCUUUAUCAAUUUAUAGCCGGAAUGUGCAUAUUUUAGAUCUCUGAAUUCUCUUCUUUACAGGCAUUCUCAUGGGGAGCAUUUCAUCGGAAGAUGCUUCCGAUCACCGGAGUGAGCUAUGUGGAAGUUACACUUUAAGUGCUGAUAUAAGCGAAUCGGAGAGUUCAAGCAGUUUCUCUUGUCGACGUUAUGAUGCUGAAGGUGCCUCAAGUUCAAUGGCAUCUUCUCCUUUCCCUUGCCAGAAGAUGCCGCCGCCGCCGCCGUCGUCUUUUAUUAUUCCGGUGGUUGCUGGAAAGGAUGUGGUGGUUUGGGAUGAUAAUCCGGCGAAAACUCAACCGGAUUUGUCUGAGAUUGAACUGAUGAAGGAACGAUUUGCUAAGCUUCUUCUUGGUGAGGAUAUGUCUGGUGGAGGUAAAGGAGUAUGUACAGCGCUGGCGAUUUCUAAUGCUAUCACGAAUCUAUCUGCCACUGUGUUUGGAGAACUAUGGAGAUUGGAACCAUUGGCUUCACGGAAGAAAUCAAUGUGGAGACGAGAAUUGGAUUGGCUUCUUUCUGUAAGUGAUUCAAUUGUUGAAUUGGUACCAUCUAUACAGCAAUUUCCAAGUGGAGGUACUUAUGAAGUGAUGGCGACACGGCCGAGAUCUGAUUUAUACAUGAAUCUCCCUGCUUUGAAGAAGCUUGAUGCUAUGUUAAUCGGUAUACUCGAAGGUUUUCAAGAUAUGGAAUUCUGGUAUGUUGAUCGAAGCAUUGAUGAUUGUAGUGGAUAUCCUUCAUCAGCUACGUUUAACAAUGUUGAUGGGGGAAGGCCUUCGAUUAGACAAGAAGAGAAAUGGUGGCUUCCUUAUCCGAAAGUUCCUUCGAAGGGACUUUCAGAUGAUGGAAGGAGAAAACUUCAGCAGUGUCGAGAUUGUACUAACCAGAUACUCAAGGCUGCAUUGGCAAUCAAUAGUAAUGUGCUUGCUGAAAUGGAGGUUCCGAUUUCGUAUUUGGAAUCUUUACCCAAAAGUGGAAAAGCUUGCCUUGGAGAUGUCAUUUAUCGAUACAUGACAGCAGAUCAAUUCUCACCUGAUUGUUUACUUGAUUGUUUGGAUUUAUCGUCUGAACAUCAAACACUAGAAGUUGCAAACAUGAUUGAGGCGGCUGUGUAUGUAUGGCGAAAGAAAGGAAGAAACAACUUGAAUAGCCUGAAUAGCCCCAAGCGAAGUACAUCGUGGGGUGGGAAAGUAAAAAAAGGUUUAGUUGGGGAUGGUGAAAAGAGUCAAUUGCUCGCGGAUAGAGCAGAAUCUGUAUUGCACAGCUUAAGGAUUCGUUUCCCUGGCCUCCCACAGACUUCACUAGAUAUGAGCAAAAUCCAGUAUAACAAGGAUGUUGGACAGUCAAUUUUAGAAAGCUAUUCGAGGGUAAUGGAGAGUUUGGCGUUCAACAUGAUAGCAAGAAUGGAUGAUGUAAUCUACGUGAACGAUAUUGCUGAGAAACAAACUGCUGAAGCAGCAGAAUCAAUGGCUUUCUUUGGGAGAGGUGGUUUAGGUUGUGUGCCUAUUCAGAAACGGAUGUCACCUAGUCCUUUCUCAAUUCAGCAUACUCCAUUUGCAUCUCCAUUUGCGACUCCAACCUUUUGUUCUUCCCCUCCUCAGCCGCGAAGCCCAAGUAGUAGAAGCAGAGCUCGUGAUCUUAAGUUGGAGAAGUUAAGUAUUACAGCGGAAAUGGAGAAAUUUUGGUCGUUUACUGAUAAUCUUAGUUCGAGUUCGAGAAGACUUUCUGGAGAUGCACCUGAACGUGAUUGAUUAGAAGAUGAAGAUACAAUUAUUAUUAUUAUAUAUAGUUCUAUGUUACUUGAGGAUUUGGAGAUAAUUGGUUACUUUUGUAUAUCUUUGUAGUUGUUAGAUGUCUGAGUUUUUGUUUGAUAUCUAUAUGAAUACUAUUUUCUAUUGCAAACUUGAUGUAUAUAUUAAUUAAUGCUCUU